GGCGGGAGAUGGUCAAGUCAAGCACUGAAAACCACCAGAGCUCCUCAACGGUACGUACCCAAAUCUGGCGCCAAGCGACAAGGCCUGGACCUCGAAAGGAACCUCUCGGUUCAUCAUGUCAGGCCAUUCCACUUACACCUUGACAAAACCCUGCCUCUUACAGUCUUUCAAUCCUGCGUCCCGAUUUUCGCUGUCAAAAAUUUCAACAUCACUCUGAACUGUCGAUUAUCGCCAAAAUGAACACUGUUAAAUCUUUCUGGCUGGGCUGGGGCUCUCUUUGCGUCGCUGGUGGCGGUGCCUACUACUUUGCUAAGCAGCAGAUCAACGCCGACCGACAGGCCAAGAUGGAAGCCCACCGUAAGAAGAGACAGAUGAUCGAGAACUUGGAAACCACAGAGGGCAACGGAAGCCCUGCCCGCACCGAUAGUACCGGCUCCCCAAGCCAAGAAGCAAGCAGCGACCCUGCCCCUACGAGACAUGCGCCCGAGACCGAGAGCCAGCGAAUUGGAGAGAAGAGCAAAUACGAAAGUGCAAAUGUAUACCGAAGUCCAAAGGGAGAUCGAUUCUCUUAAGCCAACAACCCCGGAAAUGUGUAUAUGAGGAGAGGGCUCGGUAUUGGAGCUGUGUAUAACAAUUACCUUAACGCAUCGUCAUUAUGAUUUACUAGAAAAAGGCAAAGGAUUUCAGUUUGCUUGGAUAUUUCGAAUUGAGAAACUAUCACAUUGAAUUUAUUUCAUCUGCAAAAUGUACACAAAUUUGCUCACCAAC